AUAAACCAUAACCCAAAAAAUAAAAAUCUUCAUCACCUUCUUUCUUAUUAAAAAAUGGCGUUUGCGAUCAGAAAGCCAAACGCCAUCGCGUUGCUCCUAACUAUCGCGUUUGCGUUCACAGUCUCUUCGACGCACGCGACACUGCAAGAAGACUUCGUGCUCUGUUUGGUGGACAACUCUGACAUAUCGUUCCCAAUCGCGGCUGCGUUCUUCACCCGCGACCUAAACGCGACGUCGUACAAGCAGGUAUUGGAGUCGACGGCCCAGAACCUCCGUUACUUGACGGCGUCAAGUCCAAAGCCCGAGUUCAUAUUCGAACCGCUGUACGAAACGCACGUUCAGGCCGCGGUUUUGUGCGCCAAGAAGCUGGGCCUGCAUUUACGCGUUCGCAGCGGUGGUCACGAUUACGAGGGAUUGUCUUACGUUUCGGAGAUCGAAACGCCGUUUGUAAUCGUGGAUUUGCGCAAGCUCCGACAAGUUGACGUCGAUUUGGACAGCAACAGCGCAUGGGUUCACGCGGGCGCCACGGUCGGCGAGGUCUAUUACAGGAUCCAGGAGAACAGCAAAACGCGUGGAUUUCCGGCGGGACUGUGCACGAGCCUCGGCGUUGGCGGCCAUAUCACCGGCGGAGCGUACGGAUCCAUGAUGAGGAAGUACGGACUCGGAGCCGACAACGUAAUCGACGCGAGAAUCGUUGUCGCCGACGGGAAAAUCCUCGAUCGAGCCGCCAUGGGAGAGGACGUGUUCUGGGCAUUGCGAGGAGGAGGAGGAGGAAGCUUCGGAGUGAUCCUCGCAUGGAAGAUCAAUCUAGUUCCGGUGCCGGAGACAGUGACUGUGUUCACCGUAACGAAGACGCUGGAACAAGACGGAACAAGGGUGCUGUACAAGUGGCAACAAGUGGCCGACAAGCUCGACGACGAUCUGUUCAUUCGUGUGAUUAUUCAGACAGCAAGUAAAAGCCCUAAGGGAAGUGAGAAGACGGUGUCGACUUCGUAUCAGGGUCAGUUUCUCGGCGACGUGAAUCGGCUUCUGCAGGUGAUGCAGAAGAGUUUCCCUGAGUUAGGGCUAACGAGGAAAGAUUGUACUGAGACCAGUUGGAUAAAAUCAGUAAUGUACAUCGCCGGUUUUCCGAGCAGCACCCCACCGGAGGCUCUGCUCGACGGGAAGUCACUGUUCAAGAACUACUUCAAAGCGAAGUCAGAUUUCGUGAAAGAGCCGAUCCCAAUCGGGGGCUUGGAAGGGCUGUGGAAGAAGCUGAUGGAAGAGGAUUCGCCAUUGACGAUAUGGAACCCGUACGGAGGGAUGAUGGGGAGGAUCUCGGAGACGGAGACGCCAUUCCCACACAGGAACGGGACGUUGUUCAUGAUACAGUGGCUGACGCUGUGGCAAGACGGGGAGAAGAGCCAAGACAAGCACAUGAAGUGGAUGAGAGACACGUACAGUUAUAUGGAACAGUAUGUUUCGAAGAACCCAAGAGGCGCGUACGUGAAUUACAGAGAUCUGGAGCUGGGGAUGAAUUACAAGGAGAGCGAUGCAAGAGAAUGGGGGAGUAGGUACUUCAAGGGGAAUUUCGAGCGGUUGGUGAAUAUCAAGGGGAAGCUCGAUCCGGAGAAUUUCUUCAGGCAUGAGCAGAGCAUCCCGACGUCGAUCGGCUUGAAUUGAUGAAUAUUCGUUCGUUGUUUGUUUAUCUUAAUGAACGAAAUGGGGGGAAAUAACAAAAGGGUAUGUAUUGUCUUAUAGGGUUUUCACUUUGUGGUUUUUGGUUUGUCUUGUCUGGAAAAAAAAAAUUACAUCAUUGAUGAAUCUAAUUACGACAGAGACGAACGAGCAUA